CACGGCUGCAGUGCUAGAAACACGAUUGAGAGAGAGAGACACGAUUGAGGGUGAGGAGAAAAGCAGUGGUGAUAUCGUGUGCAUGUAUAGCAUUGCUCAGUGAAGACAAACAACCAGAGAGAGAGCUGCUGGCAUUGGUGGUGGUGGUGGGUGGUUGAGAGAGAGAGAGUUGUGAUAAUCAUUGGUUUGUACGUUGGUACAGUAAGAAGUUUGUACUGGUAGAUAUAUAUCAGUGGCGUCUUUCUGAAAAUAAAUUACAAAACUAGUGUAAAUCUUAAAAUAAUAUUAUUACAUAAUAUAAAUAAACAUAAGGACAGUAAAGUCGUUAGUUCCUAUAAUGACUCCCGCCAAGACUUGUUCCAUUUUCCUGUAUGCACGGAUGACGCUUAGUUUUUUGUAAGACAAAUCAAAUGAUGAAAGAGAAAUUUACAAAAUGCAUACUGUCCUGGAGAAUAAAAAAUGAGUCUGUUUGAUAUUAUAUUCAGAAUCGAUGAAAUUUGUAAGAAGUACGACAAGUAUGACAUUGACAAACAACGAGAGCUCAACGCCCAUGGUGACGAUGCCUUUGCUCGCCUUUACGCCACCUUCGAAGAUCAAAUUGACUCCACUAUCCAGAAAGCUGAGAUGGCGAGUAUGGAAACAAACAGGGCUAAAUCUGUAGCAAUGAAUGCUGAGAUUCGUCGAACAAAGGCACGCUUACUCGAUGAAGUUCCCAAAUUGGCUAAAUUGUCACAAAAGAAGGUUAAAGGGCUUUCGAAAGACGAUUUAGCUGGGCGCAGUGAUCUGGUGUUGGCAAUGCCCGAGAGAAUACAAGCAAUUCCUGAUGGAACUGGUGCCGCCGCAGCCAGUAAAAGUGGAGGCCGGGUUACAUCAUCUAAUAAGAACAACAUCAAUUUUGAAACAGAUGGAAACUUUACUGAAGGAUAUUUUGCUGAGAGUGAAGAAUCAAGCCAAUUUCGAAAUGAAUAUGAGACGAGGAAAAAGAAACAGGAAAUUUACUCUCCUUAUUUUUAUAGUUUGGAUGUUAUAUCUGAGGGUUUAGACACAUUAAAAAAUCUGGCCAAUGACAUGAACGAGGAAUUGGAUAAACAAGUUCCACUGAUCGAUGAUAUCGAAACCAAGGUGGAUCAAAACUCCGCGGCCUUGAAAAGUACUAAUGUCAGGCUGAAGGAACAACUUGAUCAACUAAGAUCUAGCCGAAACUUUUGCAUGGACAUAAUUCUGUUAUGUGUCAUUCUGGGAAUUGCAAGCUACCUGUACGACAUAUUGAGCUAAGCGCUGGCUACUCGUGAUGACUGCACUCUCCGCUGGUUCUUCCUCUAUGCUGCUUUUACAAUGUUUUGACAGAGCAGCCGAGUUUUUAAUCUUUAUGCUCAGAAGCAAGCUGGUCUCUUGUUGUUUGUUAUAUUGCAAGUAAACAGUAUGUUGAAGCACGCUUGUACUGGAUUUCAACUGAUAAGCAUAAUUAACUUGAGGUUC